AUGUCCUACCUCCUCCCUCACCUGCACACCGGGUGGCACGUGGACCAAGCGAUCUUGUCCGAGGAAGAUCGCGUCGUCAUACUCCGAUUCGGCCGCGACGGCGACGAGACGUGCAUGAGACAAGACGAAAUUCUCUCAAACGUCGCGGAGAAAAUCAAAAACUUCGCGGUCGCGUAUCUCGUGGACAUAGACGAAGUUCCCGAUUUCAACGAGAUGUACGAGUUAUACGACCCUUGCACGUGCAUGUUUUUCUUCAGGAAUAAACACAUAAUGAUUGAUUUAGGGACCGGGAAUAAUAACAAGAUAAAUUGGGCGAUGGAUUCGAAGCAAGAGUUUAUCGAUAUCGUGGAGUGCGUCUUUAGCGGCGCGAGACGAGGGAAAGGUUUAGUUAUUUCGCCGAAAGAUUACUCGACGAAGUACAGAUAUUAA